UCGAUGUUUCGCCACCACUAAUUAUCAUUUGCGCUUGCGCCCAAAAUGUUGAAAUUUGCAUAUAAAUUUAAUUAAAGUGCGAUCGAAUUAAAGUUGAAGAUCAUUCGCAGUGUAUUUUUGUGUGAAACAUCAAAUUGCAUGCUCAAAUUAAAAAAAGUGUCGCAUUGUCGCAGUCGCAGUCGCAGUGUCAGCAGCUCAAAUGUAAAUGCAUAAAACAGAGAAAGAGAAUCAGAACCAAAACACACUUAUUGACUGAUCAACUAACUGACUGACUGAUUGAGUGAUUGAUGAUAAAUGCAAAUAUUGCAUUAAAAUGAAGUGACCAACGCAAUUCACACAAAAUAUGGCCAGCAAUGUGGCUGGUGUUGCAGUUGGAGCUGGUUCAGUUGCUGGUGCUGGUGGUGGUGGAGCUGCUGGUCAAUCAUCAACCAUGACCAUCAAUCAUACGCAUGCCGUUUGUGUCUGGGAAUUUGAAGCAUCGCGCGGCGGCGGCAAAUGGUUGCCAUAUUCUCCGGCAGUGUCCCAGCAUUUGGAGCGUGCGCACGCCAAGAAAUUAACCCGCGUCAUGUUGAGCGAUGCGGAUCCCAGCCUGGAGCAAUACUAUGUGAAUGUUCGGACAAUGACACAGGAGUCGGACACCGAAUCGGAAGCGGGAGGCCUUCUCACGAUCGGAGUGCGACGCAUGCUCUAUGCGCCCAGCAGUCCGGCGGGCAAGGGCACCAAGUGGGAGUGGUCGGCGGGUGGCAGCGGAGGGGACAUCGGCGGUGGCAGCGGCAGCGGUGGCAACUGCUGUGAUUGGCGACCCUACAACAUGCAUGUGCAGUGCAUCAUCGAGGAUGCGUGGGCGCGUGGAGAACAAACGUUGGAUCUGUGCAACACAAACAUCAGCCUGCCAUACACCAUCAACUUUUGCAACCUGACGCAAAUGCGACAGCCGAGCGGUCCGUUGCGCAGCAUUCGCCGUACACAGCAGGCGCCGUAUCCGUUGGUCAAGCUGACGCCACAGCAGGCGCUGCAGUUGAAGACAACGAGCAACAGCAAUGCCAACAGCAAUGGACAGCAGCAGCAGCAGCAGCAACAACAACAACGCAACAAUACGUUGCCCAAAAUUGGUACAAUGUUGCCGCCAAUGCAUCGACAGCAACAUCCGUUGCCCAUGUCAGUGAGCAACAGCCAUCAGCAGCAGCAGCAGCAUCAACAUUUGCAGCAACAGCAGCAACAUCUUCAGCAACAUCAACAGCAUCAUCAGCAACAGCAUCAUCAGCAACAGCAUCAACAGCAGCAGCAUCAACAGCAGCAGAGGAAGCCACACAAAAAGCACAGCGAAAUCUCAACCACAAAUCUGCGUCAGAUACUCAACAAUCUCAACAUCUUUGGCAGCAGCACGAAGCACAGCAGCAGCAGCAACAACCACAACAACAAUCACAAUCAUGGCCACAGCAAUGGACAUUUAGUGGGCGGCGCCUCCGCUAGUUCCUCGAAUGUGGCGGGCUCAACGCUGCAUUUGAUGCAACACCAACAUCAGCAGCAACAUCAGGUGCCGCAACACUUUGCGCACGGCAGCAACAAGAGCAUGUUGACCUCAUCGAUGAACAGCCAUCACAGUCGCUGCUCGGAGGGUUCGUUGCAGUCGCAGCGCAGCAGCCGCUUGGGUUCGCAUCGAUCGCGUUCGCGCACGCGUGCCUCCGAUACGGAUACGAACAGUGUGAAGUCGCAUCGAAGGCGACCGAGUGUGGACACCGUCUCGACGUAUCUGAGCCAUGAGAGCAAGGAGAGCUUGCGUAGCCGUAACUUUGCCAUAUCUGUGAAUGAUCUGCUCGACUGUUCGCUGGGCAGUGAUGAGGUAUUUGUGCCAUCGUUGCCGCCAUCGUCGCUGGGUGAACGUGCCCCGGUGCCGCCGCCCCUGCCACAGCAGAUGGUGCAACAACAGCAACAGCAGCAACAACAACAACAACAGCAACAGGUGCAACAACAGCAGCAGCAGCAACAACUACAACAGCAAUCAAUCGCUGGUUCGAUUGUGGGCGUGGACCCAGCCAGCGAUAUGAUAUCGCGCUUUGUAAAGGUGGUGGAGCCACCGCUGUGGCCCAAUGCUCAGCCGUGUCCCAUGUGCAUGGAGGAGCUGGUGCAUUCGGCACAGAAUCCAGCCAUAUCGUUGAGUCGCUGCCAGCAUUUGAUGCAUCUGCAGUGUCUCAACGGCAUGAUCAUUGCCCAGCAGAACGAGCUGAAUAAGAAUCUGUUCAUCGAGUGUCCCGUGUGUGGCAUCGUCUAUGGGGAGAAGGUGGGCAAUCAGCCUAUUGGCAGCAUGUCCUGGAGCAUCAUCAGCAAGAAUUUGCCCGGUCACGAGGGACAGAACACCAUUCAAAUUGUCUACGACAUCGCCUCGGGUCUGCAGACCGCUGAGCAUCCGCAUCCGGGUCGCGCCUUCUUUGCCGUUGGCUUUCCACGCAUCUGCUAUUUGCCCGACUGUCCGCUGGGCCGCAAAGUGUUGCGCUUCCUCAAGAUCGCCUUCGAUCGCCGUUUGCUCUUCUCGAUUGGACGCUCGGUGACGACGGGUCGCGAGGAUGUGGUCAUCUGGAAUAGCGUCGAUCACAAGACGCAGUUCAACAUGUUUCCGGAUCCCACCUAUUUGCAGCGCACCAUGCAACAGCUGGUCCAUCUAGGAGUCACGGAUUGAACAACACAACAACAAAAAUCGAGUAAUCUCAAACUCUUCCACACAAUUACACGAAUUCUUCCAAUGUUCUUUAAGUACUCUCUCUCUCUCUCACUCUAUUGCUAACAAAAAUCUCAAUGUGUGUGCAAUCUAUAUUUUUUUUUAUAUACAAAUAAUUGUUUAAUUGUUCGAGCUGCUCGAACACUAAAAAACAAAAGACAAUCCCCAACAAAAAGCAAAAAAAAAAAAAAACUCAAAUGCAAAUGCAAUUUCCAUCUUCCAUUCAAAAUAGGAAACUGUAACGAACUGUUCUUCCAAUUUAUAGUUGUUAAGCAAAUGCAUGUAUUGUAUUUUAUAUGAUUUUAUAUUAUUAUAUUAUUUUGUAUUUAAUUGAUACACGUUCUCACUGUAUUGCCACACUACAUAUUAUAUACAUUUAUUAUAUAUAUAUAUAUAGUAUAUAGAGUUUGCUUCCCCCAACACGACACCUAUUAGUAUUUUAAAUCAAUAUUUAGUAAUUGUGUCUGUGUAUCGCAUAAGCAGCAUUAUUAGUUUGUAAGCUGUGCCAAAAUUGCAUCGCAUUUCGCAUUUGUUAAACAUAUGUUCAUCUCGAAUUUAUAAUGCUUGUGUUUAAGUCUGUUUCUGUUUUCUCAGAUUCAGAUAAGCCAUAAAAAUGCAUUUGAUGAAGUGCAUUCAUAUUCAAACCAUUCGACUGAUUAUAUGGCUAAUUCUCUGUGAAACUAUUUAAAGUGAAAAAACUAUAUAUCAAAACAUUUUUUUGUAUAUUGAGUAAAGAUGAAUCUUAUAGCUCUUGAUUAGCACUUUAAUUGGAGCUAUAAACGAUUUUUAGAAUUACUUUUCUGUUUUAAGAUAAAUGCAAAAAUGCAAAUCAAAAAAAUAACGAAAUGAAUUUAUAUAUUUUAAUCAUACAACAGAAAAAGUUCUUAAAUUCAAUUUUGGCUCUAAAUAUUGUACUUAAACAGAGCUAUAAGCUAAAUA